GUGAAGUACCCCUUGGUGCGUGAUUGGGAAAAACUUUCUUACUCUUGUGAAUUUGUGGCUUGUUUUUGUGCAAAUUUCCCAGAGAUUUUCACUGAAUUUCCUUGAAAAAUCACCGAAAACUCGGAAAGGAAGUGUGAAAGAAGUAUUAAAAUCUGGUGAAAAAUGGGUGAUUCAGACGAUGAAUACGAUCGCAAGAGGCGCGACAAGUUCCGCGGGGAACGUAGCUCCGGGGAUAGUUAUCGUUCAGAGCGGGAUCGUCGCGAUGAUCGUCGGGAUGACUGGAUAAGAUCAAAGCCGGAUUAUCGGGAAUUCCGGAAUGGUGGAGGCCGGGAACGGAUGUAUUCCCCACCGAGGGAUAUGCCGCCCAUGAAGAGGAUGCGAAUGGCACCGCAUGACCCGUAUGGGCCCUACGGUGGUGGGUGGCAUCACGAGAGUGCCGGAAUGGGGUGGAUGCCACACGGUGGGGGUCAUCCGUAUGGAGGUUCCAUGGGCAUGGCACGGGACUCCGCCCCGAAUCCGGACAUGCAGACACAACCGUGUAUGAUGACACUGAAGCAAUUCCUUGCCACGCAGGAUGACGCAAUCUCCGACUCGGACGCCAUCGCAAAGUACAACGAGUACAAGCUGGAGUUCAAACGGCAGCAGCUCAAUGAAUUCUUCGUGGCGCACAAAGAUGAAGAAUGGUUUAAGCUGAAAUACCAUCCGGAGGAUUUGAUGAAGAGGCAGGAAGAGCACGUUGGAUUCCUCAAGAAACGCAUUGAUGUCUUCAUGGAAUUGAUGGAGAAGGAAAUGAUUGCGGAUCUGAGUAUUGAUUUAUCGUGCACGGAUAAACUUCUCAAACUUCUGGAUACGGUGGUGAUAAAGCUCGAGGGGGGUACUGAGGCGGAUUUGCAGGUACUCGAAGUGCAGACAAUGCCAACCCCCGUGAAGAUCAUUGAGGAGCCACCACCGAAGAUUCCGCGUGUUAUCAAGGAGGAGGCAGGAGUCACGUCUGCUGUUGCGAAGGAGGAGGAGAAGAAGAAUGAUGUUGUGGUGAAGAUUAAGAAGGAGGUGCAGGAUGAUGACGAUGAAGAUUGGGAUGAGCAAAUAAAGAAGGCAAAAGAGAAGGAAGUUGCGGAGGAGGAAGAUGAAGAGAUGCUGGAGAAGUCGAAGGAGAUGGAAGAUGGGAAGGAAGACGUAGAGAAGGAGGAAGAUGAGAAGGAGAAGGAUGAAGAAGAGAAGGAGAAGGAGAAAGAGAAGGAAGACGUUGAGGAGGAGGAGGAAGAGGAGAAUGGCAAAGAAGAGGAGGGGAAGAAGAAGAAGGAAGGAUCUGCUUCAGGGUCGGAUGCUUCUUCGUCGAGUUCGAGUGAAUCUGAUGAGGAUGAGGAUGAAGAUGAGGAGUAUGCGAGGAAAUUGGAGAAGGCAAAGCAAGCCGAAGAGGCAAAUAAGGUGGAGAAGACGAAGGAAGUUGAGCAGCUCUUCUUGGAUGCGGAGAAGGAGGAAGAGAAGAAGGAGGAAGAGGAGAAGGCACAACAGGAAGCACAGGAAGCAGCAGCGGCGGCGGCGAAGAAGAAGCAAGAAGAGGAGGCAGCAGCAGCAGCGGCCAAUGUUCCGGUGAUUGAUUUAGUGCGAGAGAAGAGCUCCGUGCGGGAACUCCAUAAGACAAGUUCAAUCUUCCUGCGUAAUCUCACACCGACCAUCACGAAGGCCGAAGUGGAGGCAAUGUGCCGGAAGUACGAUGGUUUCCUCCGGGUGGCCAUUGCGGAUCCCCUUGCGGAGCGUCGUUGGUUCCGCCGGGGCUGGGUGACGUUCAAGCGGGAUGUGAACAUCAAGGAGAUUUGCUGGAAUCUCAACAAUAUCCGUCUCCGGGAUUGCGAGCUGGGUGCCAUUGUGAAUCGCGAUCUCAGCCGCCGCGUACGUCCAGCCAAUGGGAUUGCCCUGCACAGGACAGUGGUGCGGAAUGACAUUAAGCUCUGCGCACGGAUUAUUCAUAAUCUCGAUGAGAAGCACGGGCUGUGGCGUGACGAAGGGGCCCCCAUUCCGGAGACUUCCGGUGAAACUUUCGGGUUGAUGUCACGGAAUCCCGUGCUGCAGAAUAUAACGGAUUAUUUGAUUGAUGAAGCCUCCGCGGAGGAAGAUGAACUUCUGGGUUUGACGGAAGAGAAGAAAGAUGUGCUGGAGAGUGAGCAAUUCGACAUGGACCCCACGCUUCUGCCUGUCCUCGAUAGACUCAUCCUGUACCUUCGUAUUGUGCAUUCGGUGGACUUUUACAAUCACUGCGAGUAUCCGUAUGAGGAUGAAAUGCCCAAUAGGUGUGGGAUUAUCCAUGCCCGGAGCCCAGUGCCGGCGAGUAAGAUCACACAGACAGACAUUCAGGAUUACAUGAAGAAUUUCGAAGGGAAACUCCAAGCAUUCCUCACGCCCAUUGUCACCAUUGAGGGGGAAGAAUUAACGAAGUUGGGUGCAAAGCAAGCCGAUGCGGAAGUGGAGAAGUUCAUAACGGCAAACACGCAGGAAUUGGCCAAGGAUAAGUGGCUCUGCCCGUUGUCAGGGAAGAAAUUCAAAGGCCCCGAAUUCAUCCGGAAGCACAUCCUCAAUAAGCAUUCGGAGAAGAUUGAGGAGGUGAAGAAGGAGGUGGAGUUCUUCAAUAAUUACCUCAAAGACCCCAAACGACCGCAAUUGCCGGAACAUCCGGGUACGGCAAAACGUGCUGGUGGGGUGGAUUCAGCUGCAGCUGCGGGGCAUCCUGGUAUGGCGGGAGGUGGUUACCGUGGUGGGGCUCCAUUUGGCGGAGGUGGCCCGUAUGGGGCACCACCGUACAACCCGUACGGCAUGAUGCCACCACGUGGACCACGUGGAGGGCAUGGAGGAGGCUUCCCAAGGAGGAGAAACACACCUACUUUCAGGGGAGGUCCAGACUACAGGCCAAUCAUCCACUAUCGGGACCUGGACGCGCCAAGGGAGCCAGAUGAAUUCCUCUAAAAGAAGAAGAAAGAUGGAGAAAAACUUGUGUGGAGGAAGAAGGCAGAGCGACAAUUUCAUGCCGGGUAAGACCAACAACUUUUCAUUUAUUUACAAUUGAAAUAAAAUUUUAAAAUUUAAAAUUAAUCAUGAAUAAAAACAUGUAAUUUGAAAGGAAAAAUAAAGAGAAUAAGAAAAUUA